UGGCGGCGGGUGCGUGAGCGCGGCGGUCAGUCAGUCGGUGAGGCCGCCGGCGGGAGCAGGGCCGCGGCCGGGACGGGGCCCCGCCGCCCGCCGCCAUGAAGGGCAAGGAGCGCUCGCCGGCCAAAGCCAAGCGUUCUCGGGGCGGCGGGGGCGGCGAGGACUCGGCGUCCUCCUCCUCGUCGGCGCGGGGCGAGCGGAGCAGCAAGAAGCCGAGCGGCUCCGGCGGCUCCAACGGCAGCGGCGGGAAAGCGGCGGCGGCGUCCAACGAGAGCAACAGCGGCAGCAGCCGGCGCGGCCCGCACCCGGACAAGGCCGCCCGCGCCGGCAGCCGCGAGUACGAGGCCGGGGCGGCGGCGGCGGCGGCGGGCGGCAGCCGGCACGGCUACGGCGGCGGCAAAGCCGCAGAGGCGUCGCGGAGCAGCAGCAGCCGCGGCGGCGGGGGUGAGUCUCGGGCCGCGGCAGCGGCCACGUCCUCCUCCUCCUCUGAGUCAGGCGGCGGCGGGGAGUACAAGACGCUGAAGAUCAGCGAGCUGGGCUCGGCGCUGAGCGACGAGGCGGUGGAGGACGGGCUCUUCCACGAGUUCAAGCGCUUCGGCGACGUGAGCGUCAAAAUCAGCCGCCUCCCGCCUGGCACCGGCGCGGCCGACGAGCGCGUGGCCUUCGUCAACUUCCGGCGGCCCGAGGACGCCCGUGCGGCCAAACACGCCCGCGGCCGCCUCGUGCUCUACGACCGCCCGCUGAAGAUCGAGGCCGUGUACGUCGGGGCCGGCGGAGGGAGCAGCCGGCGGCGCAGCAGCCGCUCCCCGGCGCUGCUGGACAAGGAGUCUCCGUACGGCACGGCGGCCGUGGGGGUGGCGGCCGCGGCGGCGGCGGCCGUGCGGCACCCGCCGGCCGGGGCCACGCAGAGGGCCUUGUCGCCCGCCGGCAGCGGCGGGGCCCUGGGCUACCGAGACUACCGUCUGCAGCAGCUCGCCCUGGGCCGCCUCCCGCCUCCUCCCCCUCUGCCCAGGGAGCUGGAGAGGGAGAGGGACUAUGGGGGUUUCUACGAGGCGCGAGUGCGGCCGGCCUACGGGCUGGAGCGGGUGGCCGGCGUGGCGGCUGCCGGGGGCUUCCGCGGCGGAGGAGGGGGAGCUGGAGCCGCGGGCGAGGAGGAGAUCAGCCCCGAGGAUGACCAGCGAGCCAACCGCACGUUGUUCCUGGGCAACCUCGACAUCACCGUCAGCGAGUCCGACCUGCGCCGGGCUUUCGACCGUUUCGGGGUCAUCACCGAGGUGGACAUCAAACGGCCGGGGCGCGGGCAGACCAGCACCUACGGCUUCCUGAAGUUUGAGAACCUGGACAUGGCGCACCGGGCCAAGCUGGCCAUGUCGGGGAAGGUGCUGUUGCGCAACCCCAUCAAGAUCGGGUACGGCAAAGCCACCCCGACUACCAGGCUCUGGGUGGGUGGUCUGGGGCCGUGGGUGCCGCUGGCCGCCCUGGCCAGGGAGUUCGAUCGCUUUGGCACCAUCCGCACGAUCGAUUACCGCAAAGGCGACUCCUGGGCCUACAUCCAGUACGAGAGCCUGGACGCGGCGCAGGCGGCCUGCACCCACAUGCGGGGCUUUCCCCUGGGGGGCCCCGAUCGCCGCCUCCGCGUCGACUUUGCCGACACCGAGCAUCGGUACCAGCAGCCCUACCUGCAGCCUCUGCCCUUGCCGCCCCCUGCUCAUUACGAGCUCGUGGCGGAGGCGGCUGCGUUUGGGGCUCACCGGGGAGCCCCACCUGAUCCUCUUCGGGGGGCCCGGGACAGGACGCCACCGUUACUCUAUAGAGACCGCGACAGAGACCUUUAUCCCGAGACAGAGUGGGUGCCUCCCCCACCCCCUGUACGGGAUAGGAGUAAUCGGGCAGCUGCCUACGACCCACUGGAAAGCCUCGAGCGCCGCCGGGACGGUUGGUCCUUGGAGCGGGACCGAGGGGAGAGGGAACUGGGCAGUAGCAGUAGGGAUCAGCCCAGGAAACGGAGGCUGGCGGAGGACGGGGGCCGGCACUUGGACCGCUCUCCGGACAGCGAGCGCUCCUCCUCCUCCCGCAAGCGCCACUGUUUAACCACGACCUCUCCCCCCGACCGCAGCCCCGAGCUCCUGGCGGGGAGGGAGCGUUACAGCAGCGACCCCGAGCGUUCGUCCUCCCGUUUGCUUCUGUUGGAGCGGCCUUCGCCCGUGCGGGAGUCGCGCAGGGGCAGCCUGGAGCGGGGGCAGAACGACAAGCGCGACCGCAAGAACUCGGCCGAGCGGGAGCGGAAGCACCGCGCCGCCGCCGCCGCGCAGGAGGGCAAGAGCCCCGCCAAAAAGGACGAGCGCGCGGCCGAGGGCGGCGGCUCCCGCCUCAAACCGCCGCCUCAGAAACAGCAGCAGGACGGAGCGCUGCAGGCCGGGGCGGCCCCCAAGCUGUGCCUGGCUUGGCAGGGGAUGCUCCUGCUGAAGAACAGCAACUUCCCGUCCAAUAUGCACCUGCUUCAGGGAGACCUCGGCGUCGCCAGCAGCCUCCUGGUGGAGGGAGCGACCGGGGGCAAAGUAGCUCAGCUCAAGAUCACCCAACGGCUUCGCCUGGACCAGCCCAAGCUGGACGAGGUCAACCGGCGCAUCAAAGUGGCCGGUCCCAACGGCUACGCCGUCCUUUUGGCUGUGCCCGGCACGUCAGACAACCGCCCCGCAGCCGGGGCUGCCGAGGCCGCCACCACCUCCACCCAGAGGCCGCUCAGGAAUCUGGUGUCCUAUCUAAAGCAAAAGCAGGCUGCUGGGGUGAUCAGCCUCCCUGUGGGGGGGAACAAGGACAAGGAGAACAGCGGGGUGCUGCACGCCUUUCCGCCCUGCGACUUCUCCCAGCAGUUCCUGGACUCCACGGCCAAGGCGUUGGCCAAAUCAGAGGACGACUAUCUGGUCAUGAUCAUCGUGCGUGGGGCGUCCUAAGGCCCUCGUGUUCUCUGUACCCAACCCUGCCUACUCCUCCACACAGCCCCUCCAGCGUGUGCCAGGUGCUAUGGGAUACAGCCUUAGCCAGCCCUCUCGUUGUUUCCAUUAGCUCUCCGUUUGUAGGUGACUUUCCCUGCCCGGUUUGGUUGGGUUUUUUUUCUGUUACUACACUUUUCCAUAAGGUUAGAAGCCAGUGAAGGUUGGUUAGGUGUUAGUGUGAGUAGGGUCUUUGCAGAAAGCCCCUGUGGGUGGGGGCAGAGGGAGGCUAAGCCUGCUUUGAGUUACACACAAAAAACAAAGAGGAAAAAAAAGAACAAUUGUGGGAGGGGGGGAAAGAGCAAACUCCCGUCUUCUCGGUUUUGAUUCGUGUCCUUUUUUCAUUUCAUGUAUUUUUAAAGCAAGUUCAGUAGCUCAUCCUCCACUGAGCCCCAAACCAAGCAGACCAGAUUGAAAGCACUCGGUAGUUGAAACGGGAAGCCACAGACUGGCUGGUGUCAGCUCAUUUGGGGUUGGUUUGAGUCCUCGUGCCCUUGGGCACGCGACACCCCUUUCCUCAGGAGCCUCAGUGUUUAUUUUCCCCUUUGAGUUGAAUGGCUCAAGGUUGAUGUCUUUUUCAGGUGACCAGCACCUGCUCUCGGGUACACUGCAGAACAUUUGAAUUCCUUUCUUGGGUGUUUGGUAAUUUCAUCCAGCCCCUCAGAAUGCAUGCACUGAAAGUCUGCUUUUUUAACAGGUGUAUUUCUCCUCUCUCUCUGAGUUCUGUUGUAUCCCAUAAAUGCACUUUGGGUUUGUAGCAGCGACAAUGUUUGGUAACUAGCUGAGGACUUUUGUUACAAACCAUGAAUGUCUCGUGCUUACUCUGGUAUGCAAGAAACAAGGAGGUGCUUUAAGAAUAACUUCAGUUAUCUUGUGGGGUUUUGUUUUUA